GGGCCGCAGAUUCCCGCGGACGAGGUGAGAACGAUAUUCGUGCACGUUGGCUUCUACUUAAAAAAAAAGAAGAGAAACGUGAUUUCUUAUCGCGGCGAUCAAGCAAUUAUCGAUAGCCCGAAAUACGCCCGAUAUUCGCGCUCGUGUCCCAAGAGACUCGCAAGGUUUGGGUUUCUCUGAAAGAGGACCCUGUCCCAUCAGCGCUGUCACCGGCAGCAUCCAUCUGGGUUGUCGAGAUCUCCAGGGUGAUCCAUCGUCGUCCAUCGUCCGGCCAAUCGAUCCUCGGUGCAUCGAGUUCGAGAGCUUGCAUUUUCUCCUCGAGUGUGUAUACGUUUAGCCUCGUCAGGUGAAUCAUCAUCAUCGCGAAUCAUCGUCAACUCGCAAGCCCUCUUCCUUCGCCGACGUUCUGAGAUGAUCCAGAACCAUGCCAAUGUGUGAUGCGAGAUCCUAACACCCGGAACAAAACUGGCGGAAUGAAACGCGAACCUUUUGGUGGCAAAGAGGUUCUCUCUUUUUCUCUCUGUACUCGCGUGACGAUAGGAUCUACCCCACUAUUCUGCACGUUACCCCUAGUCUAGUCGUGCCUCCUCUUCUCUCCCUUCCCCAUCAUCGUCGCGGUUUAGCUUCCCCUACUUUUACCCCCUGCCUAUCGUUUUCCUUUCUCUCCUCGCUCUACUUGUUCCUGCUCUCACCCCUUUUCCUUGCUCACCCUGAGCGGGGUAGUUCUCGUACGACGCGCCCUUCCGUCGAACCGUCGAGGAAAAGAGAGAGAGAUAGAUAGGUAGAUAGAAGGAAGGUUAGGGAGGGAAAGAGAGAUAAGAGAAUGUACACGAUUUGCAGUGCAAUCUGCUGCAACGUCUGUGUGUGACAGACGGGACUGAAAAGUGUAACCGAGUGAUGGGAUUAGGAAGGCACGAUUCGUCGCUCGCCUCGGGAAUUCUUUUCCACGGCAGCGGGUGAACAACAAAGUGCGCGAAUAACGAUAUCCCUCUUCUUUGCUCUUCUCGAAGGAGAGGAGCAGCAUCCCGCGAGUGCGACACGAGCUAAUUCGCGAUAAGGGAAGGAGAAGAUCCCUCUCCUCGGGACAGGAAUUCCUCUUCUCGGGGACUUCGGUGUUACGAGAUCAUGCGAGGUGCGAAUUUCACAGGACCGGCGCGUCACUAUUGACCUUCCGAAGAUGGUUUUGUUUGUCGCGACGUAUCGCUCCACCACAAAUAUAUAAAGGAAAGAGCUGAAUUCGGAGUCUAAAUGACACCACUUCCCAUUGCGACAGCCACGCGAGGGUUCAAUAGGAAGAUAUCCGCGAACGACAAAUGCUCAUAUGCAAGUCCUCGUGCACUGAAACGCGCAGCAACGCUAACCUUAUCGAAGGGGGUGCGAUUACAAGAGCGAGAUAAAAAAUACGGAAUAAUUUCAUACUCAUUGAUCUUCGUAUCGCGGGCGUAUAAUAAAUCUCUAAUUGUGUGAUUUGUAUAUUGCUGUAAUAAAUUAUCAAGAUAACGAAGGAGAAAAAGCGAUAGAGAAGGAGAGUCACGUGGUUUCACGCCGCGCGUCAUUCAUGAUAAGAUCGAAUACGCGUCUACUUAAUGGAGUCUGGAGUCUCGCUUCUAUACAUCGAGGAUGAUGCCUGGCGAACGAUAUUGCUGCCUUGAUGCCGACGAGGAUCGAAUCGGAUCGUCGAGAGAUAAAUUCAAGAAACUGAAGAUGGUGGCGACCAGAUAAAGGCUUAUGGGCGACUCACUCUUUUAAGACAGUAAUAUUGAAGAGCACGCGAUCAUCGUCGCGCCGACAUCAUGGGGAAUGGCAUGAAUAAGGUACUUCCUGGUCUUUACGUAGGUAAUUAUCAGGACAGCAAGGAUGCCGAUCAAUUGGAGCGUUUCGAGAUCACGCAUAUCCUCGCCAUUCACGACACAGCCCGUCGUCUGCAUUCCGAUAAGCAUUAUCUAUGCAUCUUGGCCGCCGACAGUCCUGAUCAGAAUUUAUCGCAAUACUUCUCUUUGUGCAACGACUUCAUCCAUGCUGCCCGUCUUCGCGGCGGAAACGUUCUGAUCCAUUGUCUGGCAGGAAUGUCAAGAAGCGUGACGGUGGCGGUAGCCUACAUCAUGAGCACUACCAAUCUGUCCUGGAAAGAAGCGCUCAAAGUCGUCAGAGUGGGUCGUUCCAUCGCGAAUCCGAAUGUUGGCUUUCAACAGCAGCUCAAGGACUUCGAAUCCAGUCGCUUGCAAGACGAGCGUCGCAGGUUGAAAGAGCGGUUUCCCAGUCUUGCUCUCGCUGAGUCAGACGCCGAGGCUUGCAGUUCCACCUUGAUAAAUUACGAAACACUAGCCCUAGCGAAAGAGGUGUGCGAGGGCAAAUGCGCCAUGGGACGCACUUGUCCGACUGGCCUUUGUCGUCAACCUACUAAAAGGUAA